AUGCACUGCUCGGCGAUCACUCUUUGUUGUGGCGGCGUCGUCUGGCUCCUCUCUGCCUUUGUUUUGGCCGACGUCCCGCAUCUCUGGGCCAACGACACCGCCAGUGUGAUGCUGUGGGAGUCUGGCGCGUUGGGCCCCCUCCCAAACCAGACCUUCCUGUCCUCGGACGUCAGGGCGCCGAUAUUCAUGAUACAUACGUUCGACAGGGACCGCGUGUCGUCGUCGGCGGGCUCCCACAUCUUCCUCUCGGCGGCAGUCGGCCGGCAGCGCCAGAGCCCGAUGAUCCUCAGCGCUCGCGAUCUCAGCGUCGUCUACAUCGACCCGACGUGGAACGGCGGGGGUACGGCCAACUACCAGAGGCACCGGGGCCAAGACUCUUACCUCACGUUCUGGACGGGCAAGGGCCACGUCGGCUGGGGCGCGGGGGGUUGCAUCCUGCUCGACGAGCGCUACCACAUUGUCCGAAAUAUUACGACGACGAGGACGACGGGAUAUCUGGGGUUUGAGGGCGCCGAUAAUCACGAGUGCGAGCUUACGCACGACGGUGGCGCGCUCAUCACCGUCUACUACAAGAGGAACUUCCAUCUCGACGUGACGAGUCCCGCAGCAGGUGGUGGCGACGGCAGUGGUGAUGGUGUUAGUGGUAGCGACGAACUCGGACUCGGACCCGGCGCGCUCAUCCGCGAAAGCGCGUUCCAAGAGAUUGACAUCGAGACCGGGGAGGCGCGGUUCACGUGGACCGCCACGGACCACUUUGCCUUCGACGAGUCGCUCAACCCGUACGCCGCCGCGAACGAUGCUAAUGCUUCUGCUGCUGCUGCUGUCCCUGUCUCCAGGGAGGAAGCAAGAGAAGAAGAAGAAGAAGAAGAAGGAGGAGGUUGGGACUGGUUCCACCUGAACUCGGUCCAGAAGACGCCCGCGGGGGACUACCUCGUCUCGGCGCGGCACCUGUGCGUGCUGGCCCUGGUCAGCGGCCGGGACGGCAGCGUGGUCUGGCGGCUCGGCGGGAAGCACAGCGACUUUGCGGACCUGGCUGGCGGGGAUGCCGCGGAUUUCUGCUUCCAGCACCACGCGCGCUUUGUCUUCUCUGGCGAUGACGAUGAUGAUGAUGAUGAUGAGGGCAACGAGGGCGAGAACGGGAAGAGGACAGAGGAGAUUGAACUCACACUGUUCGACAACCACGCGAUGCACGCCACGUCCCUGACGCCAGGGUGCAAGCGCGACUGCUCGCGCGCCCUGCGGCUGCGCCUCGACCUGGCCGCCAUGACGGUGGACAUUGUGCACAGCUGGACGCAUCCCCAGAGCGUGCAGGCCUGGGCGCAGGGCGGCGUCCAGGCUCUGCCCGGAAAAGCAAGACGAGGACGACGAGGACGAGGACGAGGCGGCGCAAUGAUUGGCUGGGGCACGGUGCCGUCGUUCUCAGAGGUCGAUGGCGAGGGAACUACGGUGCUCGAGCUGGGAGGGCGUGAUCCAAGAGUCCUCACGUCCCUGGGUGUCCGCGCUCCACGAGCGGGCUUCGAGACGGAGAUACAGAUCCCCGAGUCAGAUGACGUGACGGUCGUCCAGAUUGCCGCCCUUGAUGUAGACGGCAAUGAGCUCGGCUUCACGGAUGUCGUCGAUGCCCGGGGCGGAACCAAGCUGACGCCUGAUAUACAGCUCUAACUUGGUCCCCACGGACAGCUGUGGUCGUGCCUCUGCACGGCAGGCCAUUGGACUGGAAGAGCAUAGACGUGGACAGAGUCCAGCCAGUUUGAUCUAGAGAAUUGGGAGUUUGGAGAUGCGCUUGCCUGACUGCCCCUGUAAGAGUGGUAGGGCACUCUGGGCAGC